AUGGCGGAAGCAUUUACUUUACAUCAAGAACUUUUAAAUCUUCAUGAUGCAAAUUAUUCUAUUUCAAAUGAAAUAUUUGUCGCAGACUUGAGCAAGGAAGAACUUGAUGAAAUGUUGAAUGUUAUUGAAGAUAAACUGGGCGAAGAUUCUUACUCGAUAACAAAUGAAGAGAUAUUUGAUGUUAUUCGUAGUUUUGUAAAAUACUUCAAUUCUUUAAACUCUGAGAUUAUGAAUCGAGUUUUUGUGAUUAUUUUUUCAGGAUUAAAAUCUGAAUAUGAUGCUCUGAUUGAAGAUUUGAAUAAUGAUAAUGAGGAGAACUUUGAUGAUCACAAAAAAACUUUGGAAAUAUAUGGCUUUUUGUUAUUUUGGUUGAUCACUGACGUAGAAAAUAAAAUAAAUUCUAAAAUUGGCGUGACUGGGUCUUUAGAAACAACAAAUGUGUCAGCUGCUAAAAAGACUAAAUCAAAAUCAAAACAACCAAGGCCAAAACAGUCAAGGCCAAAAUCUAGUUCUUCUGUAAAUGCCAACUCUUAUGAAUGGGAUUGGAAUUGUCAAAAAGAAGAGGCAUUAUCUUUAAUGAAAAAGAUCUUGGCUACAUCUAUCAAAAAUUUAAUUUAUGAAAUUAUUUCAAUAAGCGUAAAGGAUUAUAAUCAUGGAUUUGAUGCUAAAACAUAUAUUAUUCAGAAUUUGCAAUAUUAUGAUUUUCUUUCAGAUUCAAUGGCAGAGCUCUUACAAGUACUUGUUGAGCAAUAUGACAAUACACAAUUAGUCGAAGAUGUUUUAAUAGAAAUUUCGAAUAAAGAAUUCACUAGUCAGGAUAAUAAUAAUGUUUCAAAAUCCUUUUCAAAAUUUCUAAUAAAGUUAUCAGAACUUAUACCAAAUUUGGUGAUGAAACAAAUCAGUAUUCUCGUUAUUCAAUUAGAUAGUGAGUCCUAUAUAAUGAGAUCUUGUUUGAUGGAAACACUUGGUAAUCUCAUUACAUAUUUGGUCAACAAUGAAGAUGACAUGCAAUUAAAUCAAAGCCAAGUAAAUAGUUUCUUUGAUGCUCUUGAAGAACGCUUUCUAGAUGUAAAUGCCCUUUGUCGCUCUAGAUUAUUACAAGCAAAAUUUCCAAAACGUAGACAAACAUUAACAGACUUGGUUGUUCGGUCUCUUGAGGAUAAAAGUUGUCAUGUUCGAAGAAAUUCCAUCAAAUUAUUAACAACUUUAAUUACUACGCAUCCUUAUGGAGUAAUACAUGGUGGCGAAUUGAAAUUAUCUGAAUGGGAAGAACGAUUAUCAAAGAUUGAAGAAGAAUUGAAGUCUAUACAAGCUCCACCAGAGCUUCAAGAAAUUAAUACAGAGGAUGAUUUCGCAAGGCUCCAGCUUACUAGACGAUACUAUGCGGACGCAAUUAGAUUUAUUAAUCAGAUACACACCGCUAUUCCUACUUUGUGUCAACUGCUUGCUUCCACCACAAAAUCAGAGGUGCUUGAAACAAUUGUCUUUUUUGAGACGGCACAUACUUAUAAAAUGGAAUUUGCUUCUGAAGGAAUUAGCAAGAUGUUACAUUUAAUUUGGACAAAUGAUAAUAAUGAUGAGGGUAAAGGGGUCAAAAAUCGGUUGGUUGAAAGUUAUAUAAAAAUGUAUCUUGAAACAACUGAAAUGAUAAGCCCCGCUGAAAAGGCUAAUCAGAUAACUAAAAAUUUAAUAAGUUUGACAAUUAAUGCAACGCUUGCUGAAUUAACUUCACUUGAACAACUGCUGAGCAUAAUAAUGAAUGAGAAAGAUGCUAUAUCAGAAGAAGUCAUUGCCAAAUUAUGGUCAGUUUAUUCCACACAAAAAGAUAUACCAAAAUCUCGUCGAAGAGGCGCUAUAAUUAUAUUAAGCAUGUUGGCAAAUGGUAAGAUUGAUAUUGUAAAAGAAAAAAUAGAUUUAUUAUUAAAAAUUGGAUUAGGACCACUUGGUAAAGCUGAUUUAAUCCUUGCAAAUUAA